AGAGAACCAGCAAUCCAGCGAACAGCUACGCGUUAAUCAUAGUUCCGCACACAGUUAUUAAAACAGUUAACUCCCAUGUAGAUCAAGUGGACAAGUGGAAUGCCAGGAAUGAAUGAUUUUCUCUAGGUUUCAUGGCACAGGUGUGUCAAGACAAAUACUCCAAUUAGGACCUUUUCACCAGCACAGACCUUGGAGGAAUUGAAGAGAGACACUAAUGUACACAGGACAGAGCCAGGAGGAGUACAGAUUAUGUUCCCUCACUGCAGCAAUCCCCACAAGUCAGGAGUGUCCUCCGAUCCCACCACCAAGCCUCUUUACACCCAGGAGCUCUACAGUGGAUGUCGGCAAGCUACUGCCCCCUGUUGGCCAAAGACCAGCCCUGCAGAUGCUCUACUUCAAGAACCCUUCUCAGUACUUUCUCUUUCAAAUAGAAAACUGAGACCAACUUAAAACAGAUCACAAGACUGGUAGCUAACCAGUAUGUGAAAUUGCAGGCCAGUGGCAUAUGAUAUUGAACAAACCAAUGGAGGUUUGCAUAGGCAGCGCUUUUGUCCACAGGGGAACGGUUGUGUGCGAGACCAGAUAACGGAUCAAGGAACUGGGAUUAAUAGACGGAUUGUAAGUUGGACAUGGAUGAAGGACAAGGAGAAGGGAGGGGAUUCCGUCUCUUUUACAAUAUAAAAGUGGAUCAGUGCCAGCCUUUUAGCUACAAAGGGUCAGGAGGCAAUGGAAACCGGUUCUUUACUGACAGGAUGUGCAUGUCAAAUUGCUCUGAUAGGGCUGCUGAACUCUACCCACAAGGCGAUGCUGCCUGUGCAUUAACAAAGGACUUCGGGUCAUGCCAAAACCAUUUCCUAAUGUAUUACUACCACCAGGAGAAGAGGAAGUGCAAGAGCUUCUUUUACUCAGGCUGUGGAGGGAAUGGGAAUAGGUUUGUUGACAUUCAUACCUGCAACUCCACCUGUGCCAGCUACAUUGAUAACACACUUGUGGAUGAAGAUGAUGAUGAAGAUAUAAACGGAAUUGAUGCUGGUUUAGUGGCUGGAAUUGUGUUUGGAUGUCUUGGGGUUGUCAUUCUAAUCGCUGUGAUUGUUGUGGCAGUACAAUCGAAUAAGACUGAUAAGCAGCUGCCGGCUACAAGACAGGCAAAGCGUCCGUUACAAGAAAAAAUCGAAAUGGAAUAAAAGAAAGCUUUAACCAGGAGAGCACCAUGUCAUGUGAUGCAGGCACCCAGCAUUUCAUUUUUUAUACAGUUUUGUUUUAUAUAAUUUUUGUACCUUGCAGACAGGAGCGUAAACAAACUGGAAAGCCAACAAAGCCUAUUUUCUAUUGAAUCAGAGUGCACAAAAGGUUAAACUCUGACCUAGGAAUCGUACUUUGGUAUAAAAAUUAAACACAUUGUGGAAGAGCUUUAAAAAGUUCUUAUCUUUUGAUGCUGUGCUAUUUUAUCAGUCUUGUUUACACUCCAUGUAUCCAAUUCAAAAUAGUACAGGCCUGUUGAAGUAUGUUGCAUUAGGUGUGGUAGAUUUUAAACAAACAGGAAACCAAUAGGAUUUAUAUAGGGGAUUGCUUAAUUGUUAAAACAAGUGAAACUUAGUUACUUCUCACUUUAGUUUUCAGACUGCAAUUGUGUGAUAUCAUGUAUAACCAUGGCAUUGUUUUGUGGAAUAAAACUUUUAAAAAAGAA